CUUCUCCAUCAUUUCCAUGAUUUCGCGACCUCACUAUUAGAAAGGACUGAGGGCAUUGAGUUUCACAUACAUAUAUUAUUUAACGAUCAUAUUGACCAUGGAUGUUGACUUCCUAUCGGAAUGCCUUCAAAACGGCCUCCCAUCGCAGGGGAAAGAAACUUUGCUCUCAAACUUACCUCACAGUGCACUUACCCAAGCAGAUGACUACGACCAGAAUAUUUCCAACAACGAGGUCCUUGUGACGAGAACUGUUAAUCCAAACUCCGCUGGCGCAGUUAUCUCCAAAAUUGAGGAUAUCUUCGAAGCAAUCGCGGAUUGCAUCUUAGCAGAAGGAAAGGAGCUUGUGAUCGAGCUCAAGAGCAGGUCCAAGUCCAAGACUCAAGUUGAAGCAGAUGCAAUGGAAGGUCCUAAGGGUAGAAUGAGGAGAAUAACUUUCCCCAGCAGGAAUCAGAAGGAAGCAUGGAAGUUCACUGCAUUACUUCGCAUCCUGGAACUAUCACACGAGGCGCUGGUCACUGGAGUCAUUACCACUAAAAGAGACAUUUAUUACCGAGACCCAGAACUGUUCAUGAAACAAGCAGUUGUAGAUCGUUAUGUCGAUGAUAUUGCCUACGCUUUUGGUGUCGGGAGAGACGCAUUGAACAUCGUAGCUGCCGCGAAGGGCUUGGUCGCUGGAUCGUUUCGCCUGACCAGAAAAGACAAGUCUGUCAUCGACUUCGCUCUCGAACCAGAGGGUAUCCUAGUUCCAAAUCCAAAUGACAUCGAGACCAUCCAAUUUCUUGAUGUCAGAUGGAUACUUGUUAUUGAGAAAGAAGUAUACUGUCUGUGGCAAUUUUCCAAACUCCUCUGACAUCACAGGCAACGUUCCGCACGCUAGCAACAAAUCAAUACUGGGCUGAUUCCCAAGCUGGCAAAGGGAUUCUCAUCACCGCAAAGGGGUACCCAGACAUCCAAACCCGGCAGUUCCUGCACCUCAUCUCAAUUCAUCAUCCUAAUAUCCUGGUCAACGCACUGGUAGACUUCGAUCCCGACGGUCUAGGUAUCAUGUCAACAUACAAGCAUGGUUCCCAGUCCCUUUCACAUGAACUGAACCUCGCUGUACCAUCCAUCCGAUGGCUUGGUGUGCGGAGUUGUGACUUUCUGGGUUGCGUUGGCAGAGGUGCUGCGAGAGGCUUGUUGACGCUUUCAGCUAGGGACAGAAGGAUUGCAUCGAAGAUGUUGGAGAGAGAUGAGAAUAUGAAUGAAGAGUGGAAGAGAGAAUUGCAAGUUAUGUUGAUGUUGAAUGUUAAAGCAGAGAUACAGAUCCUAGGAAACGGUGAGAAGUUAGGAGAGUGGCUUGACAGGAACUUAAUGGUUGGACGACGGCCGGUACUUUGAGAGACGGAGUCUCCUUUUCCUCGAAUAUUUGAAGCUGGGAUACACUCAUAAUAUUUGCGGGACUGAAGAAUAUUGCAAAAGCUGGGCAAAUGGCUACCAAGAAGUGUUAUAGAAGCUGAUCAGAAUAACUCAUUGAAUUGGUGGUCAAUGAUCAAGCUACCAAACUCCAAGACCUCCUUCUGCCACAUCUCCCCAAUUUCGUGCAAUCCAAACAUUCAAACAAUCGUUGUCUCAAUUUCUCAGCAAAAGUAAACAGAAGCAUCUAUUAUGAACCGAGAAAUACUUGAAGAUAUUAGAGCUCCCAAACAAAAGCAACUCCAGCCGAGGUCCACCCUUCAUCCCUGCUCGUCGCGAACUGCUUUCCCAAAUCGCGUCACUCUGAAAGCAUCAUUCUCUUCAUACAACUGCCUUCUCUCACCACUCUUCUCUCACCACUCUUCUCUCACCACUCUUCUCUCACCACUCUUCUCUCACCACUCUUCUCUCACCA